ACGCUGUCUAACGUUUGUCCCUAACGGUUUCAAUUCAACGGGCAGCUUGGAGACGGCAAACCCCAUCGUCAUCGUUCCCCCUUCCUCCACCUGCCCCUUCCCAACAGCAACGAACGCAACAAAUCCUUCCCCUCCUCCUCCACAUAUCCACAGUCAAAUUCACUAUGGGCAACUCACAAUCCGCUCCCGCCGCCGGCGUCGACAGCAGGAAAGACCUCCGCAUGGUUAUCAUGGGCCCGCCAGGCGCUGGCAAGGGAACCCAGGCUCCCACCAUCAAGGAACGAUUCUGUGUCUGCCACUUGGCUACUGGUGACAUGCUGAGGGCCGCUGUUCGUGCUGGAUCUGAGAUCGGCAAAGAGGCAAAGAAGGUCAUGGACGCGGGAGGUCUUGUCAGCGACGAGAUUAUGGUCAACCUGAUUCGGGAGAACCUGGACACCAACCCCGAGUGCAAAAAGGGAUUCAUUCUGGAUGGAUUCCCCAGGACAGUUGUGCAGGCUGAGAAGCUCGACCAGAUGUUGGACGAGAGGAAAAAGCCUCUUCAGACCGCCGUUGAAUUGAUGAUUGACGACCAACUGCUGGUUGACCGGAUCACUGGUCGUUUGAUCCACCCCGCAAGUGGCCGAUCAUACCACAAAAUCUUCAACCCGCCCAAGAUUGCCAACAAGGACGACGUGACAGGCGAGCCCCUCAUCCAACGUUCCGACGACAAUGCUGAAACCCUCGUCAAGCGUCUCGACCAAUACCACAAGCAAACGCAACCCGUCGCGGACUACUACAAGCGCAAGGGCAUCUGGACCGGAAUCGACGCGUCGCAAAGCCCUGCUGCCGUCUGGGCAAAUCUGUCGGCUGUUUUCGCUAGGUUGGAUUAGAUGCUAGCUGAAGAGGGAAAUGCUAGAUGAGGCGUAAGAUUACGUUGGGUUGACCGCCGCUGCCGAAACGUAGGGUGGAAGCAACGCCAAACUGGAGGUUGAUCUGUAUCCCACUGCUAAGACAGAAAAUGAGAAAACUAUUUGUUGGGAAGAACUGGCUACCAAUGCACUCAUGCGACCAUUGGGACUGUCUGACGAACCCGUAGAAGACCGCUGACUGUCAUAGGUUGUCCGCUGUUCUGAUGCCUUGAAUCGACUUGGAAGGCGAAUCGUGAAGGCAAAAUCCAUUCGGCAGAUAGAUAAUGGUAAAGCAACAGUUACAACACGAUUGGUCCGCCCCGCUUUGCGAUCGCACCGUGGUUCCCAUAGCGGGCCGCCGCGCAGGCACAGGACGCCUCGCUGG